UGCAAAUUUUCUAAAGAAUUAAAAUUAAUAAAAUUUAAAAAAGAUAAUUGCAAAAAAAAUUUAGUUGAUUUGUUGGACGAUUUUGUUUAUGAAACAAAAAGCAAGGAGAAUUUAAAAAAAAAUUUUUUGAACAAAAUGGACGUCGGUGAGUUGAAAAAUAAUUUCAGAGAUCAAUUAAAAUUAAUUGAAGAAAAUGAGCACAGAGAAUUAUUGAGUAAAGCUAAAAAAUUGCUGGUAAUAUUCGGUGAGAAAAAUUUGAUGACAGAUUUGGAGGUUAGAAAAUUAGCGGGUGACGUAAUUGAAGUAAUUCAAGCGGUAAAAAGUUACGUUAAGGAUUUGUCGUCAUGCGUGAUGAGAGAAAAGAUUAUUUUGUGCGCAAUGCAGCUAAUUUUUAGGUUAAAGUUAUUUGUUAACCUUGCGGAGCAAAGAGAGGGCGCGGAAAUUUGGGGCAAAGAUUAUUUGUUCAAUUGUUUGAGUGUUUGUUUGAAAGUAAUUGUCGAGACAAUUGAAGAGGAGAAUUUUCCUGAGGAUGAGGAGCGAGAAAAUCACUUUAUUUAUAAAAUGGACUUGGCACUGGACUUGAUCAACAAGAUGGCGGAUGAGAAACUUGAAAUGGCCGCGGGAGAUUUGAAUUUGAAAAUUCGGCGGGAAAAAAUUGAGCUAGUAGAGGAGCUCUGGGUGGUUUUGGAAGAUAUUUUCAGCCAUACAAUGGCAAUCGCACAAAUUUGUACGCCAGAGCAGUUUAAUUUGAUGACGGGGAUCAGCAAAACUGUAAUUUGUGAGUUUGAGAAUUGGAAAAAGCAAUUUUUAGCGGAAAAAAGAGACAAAGCGCUGUUUAGUUUGUUCGGUAACGCUUUUAUGGAUGCGAUUUAUCGCCUGGAGAGGGCGGUAAAUGUCGCGAUGCUUCAGCUGAUGAUGGAAGUAUUUAGCGAGCCUUUUGCUACUUUAAAGAAACUGGUCAAGAUUUGUGGGAAUAGUUUGGAAAAAGAGCGACGCAGGAAGGAAGACUUGGAGAAGGCUGUUGAAGAGUUUGAUCUUAUUGCCGAUAAAGCGCUCCAGAUUGGGCUCUACGCUGCGGCUUCUUGUGGAAACUCAGCCCGCGCGUUAAAAAUUCGCAACCACAUGGCAUCGCUGGAGUCCUUAGACCUCGAACUAGUAGCCUCAAUAACCUCAUUUUACCUCGAACCCUCAACAGACCUACGCUUGGCAGUAAAACUUUUAACAACUCAUUGGCAAAACGAAAUGAACAACCUCCACAAAUCCAUCAAUUUAAUCUUAGAUCCCUCCGCUUACUGCCAGGUGAUCCUAGAUGACCUUCAGGAGCGCUUCCAGUCGGUCUCGGAUGCUUUCGAGAGCCACCAAGCGGUCACCCAAUCCCAGAUAAAAAUAAUAGUCUACCGUGCUUGCGCCCUAGCCUCCCAAAUUACCACCGCAGUAGAUGACAUAGGUCCCGACAGUAUCGACAAGCAGACAAUAAUGACUAUCCGCGAGUUAAAGGCCGCCAUCUAUGAGACAGACGCCGCAGCAAAGACACUGCUGACCCCUACAUCGACGCUUCCACAACAAUUAAGAGUUAUAAAACGUUGUGAGCUUCUAAUUAGCGUAAUAAAGCGCCUUCAACCCGCUUUAGAAGCCAUUAAUUCUAAGAUAACUUCUUCUUUUAUAAGCAGAGCAGAUAUUUCUGCUGAAGAAAGCUUUAAUUUUAUCAAAACUCCUUAUUCUGUUAAGAGUUACAAGUCUACUGUUACAAUUCAGUUUGAUGAUGAUGACAAAAUUGAUCUAAGUGAUUUAAGCUGCUUGAUUCCUUAUAUUGAACGUGGAAAGACUAUGAGAUCAGAGUUUUCCGUUUUGUACAAAGAUAACUUAGCUGAAGAUGAAGACAAAGAAAAUUUGAGUGGAAAGAAGCGAGGUAAUAAUUCGGGAGGAAAAAUUCUGGAAGAAAUAUUUGAUAAGAAUCAAUUGGACGGAAAUUUUGAUGGAAAUUCAAAGGAAGAUAAUAAUAAAAAAGUGAAAUCAAAGCGCAAUUUGAAUAAUGUUAGGCAGCAUUUAUUUAAUCGCGAUGAUUAUUCUAUAAUUGGAAGUGAUGAAGAUUUAAAAUAUGAAGAUUUUGACGUAAGCUUGGACUUGACGGGAAUAUUAGAAAAUAUUUCUGGUUUGGUUGAAGAAGAUGAAGAAGAAAAAGAUGAUGUAAGCUCGGUUAUUGACAAAGAAAUGGAUUGUUGCAGAAAUUCGAGCAUUGAUUCGGAGGGGAAUUUUGUGAUUGACGGCGCUGGAGACGCUGAAAGUAUCAGUAGUAUUGACACUCCUGAGAGGAUCAGCGAUAUCAAGAAGAUAGAUAAGAAAAUAGAGAGUUUGCAAAGAAGAGUACAUUUUUCAUAAUUGCACUAUUUGUUGUUAAGAGAGUUUAAACCUAGGUUUAGUAUUUUGUACUUUUUCAUGUAAAAGUUUGAAGUUGUUUAGAUUUAAGUUUGUUCAAUGUAAAAUUGUUUAAAAUAAACAUUUUGAAGUUGGUAAAAAUUUUUAGAUUUGUUUAUUAUCUUUAACUUACUUUUCUCAAUGUUGAUAAACAAUGACCUGUUGUUUAUCAAUGUUUACUCAAAAGUGUUGCAAUAGAAUAACACACAACUAAAUAAAAAAUCUCCAUCGUUAGUUUGAAUCUAAAGCGGGGUUACUUGAAUUUUAAAAAUAUGAGGAAAAGAUAUUCAUAUAAAUUCUGUAUUUAAAAUAGUAUUUUAGUUCUUUUUGAGUUUUCAAUAACUAGUUAGUUGACGGAUUUAGAAAAAUGAAUCUAGAAAAAUUUAUUUACAUUAUUUUUCUACCAAUGGUACUGAGUGAAAA